AUGUGCCACGGACACCCCGCCGGACACUCUUGCGGCCAUACUUCGCUGCACUGGCACUACUGCCCAGCAGCCAAGAUCGACCUCAACACCGGAUAUCAAGAGCAAUGCAGCAACACGACCAUGGCGAAAGAACAGCCCUCAAACGCCGGCUGCCCCUUGCAGAACUGUGACUUCAAGAACACCAACGGCAACUGGACAUGCUGCCAAUGCGGCUCCCCAAACACAACUGGGUGGUGUGGCGGCAUGCUGCCGAGCCCACGAUGGGAGAGGAAUGCCCUUACCAGCGAGUGGCAAUACAUCCAGACCUGUGAUCACAUGUGCUGCAGGAACUGUCCCAGAGAGGCACCCGCUCCUGGCUCUACUCCCGAGAGCUCCAGGAAGAAGAGAAAGGACUCCAGCAAGCGCGGUACCAGGGGCCCCAGAGAUGGUGUGUCCAUGACCGCCGAGGAAGCCGGACAGUCAACUUCUUACGACAUUGCGCUGGACUACAGCGGCAAAGAGAAGAAGCACAGCAAGGACAAGGAGUCGUCGUCAAAGUCGAGGUCCCGGAGGCAUUAG